UUUAUCUUUUCUCCUAACAUCUUUUACACAUUUUUUUUUGUUAUCCAUUUGUGAAAAAAUGUCAUAGUUAGAGUCAGCUCAAGGUGUCGCUCUACACCAGUUUAAAAACUGAAUUCUUCUACACAGAUAUCAGUUUGUUGUACGCCCAGAACAGUAACAGACGCAGUCUCGCGGAAUCGCGGCUUUUGUUCAGUGAUCUCUGGUUAAACGGCCUUUUUUACAUCGUGGUUCAGCGUCUCAGCAGCUCGACCUGAAGGAUGGAUGGAAAUAUGAAAUCGUUUCAGUCGCAUAGCUUUUACUUUGUUCUUCUUCUGUUCUUGCACGUCGCGUAUGGAGACAUCAACUAUUCCUUUCCAGAGGAAAUGAAGCGAGGAUCAGUUAUUGGAAACGUAGCCAAGGAUCUCGGGAUGGAAACGGGUGCGUUCGCUAACAGAAGAGCCCGCAUCGACUCCGACGGGACGGACAAACGUUACUGUGACAUAAACCUGAAUAAUGGAGAGCUGGUUGUUGCCGACAGGAUUGACCGAGAGGGGCUUUGUGGAGAGAAGGCUUCGUGCGUUCUGAAACACGAGCUUGUGCUGGAGAAUCCUCUGGAGCUCCAUAGAAUUAGUUUACACGUUCAGGAUAUUAAUGACAACGCUCCACAGUUUAAGGAGGAAAUGAUCAAUCUAGAAAUUCAGGAGUCCGCAGACAGGGGAGCUCGUUUUGUGAUCGAAGAGGCGCACGAUGCGGAUGUAGGACAGAAUUCAGUUCAGCAGUACAGCCUCAAAAAGAAUGAGAAUUUCGUUUUGGCCACUAAUGGAAACACAAUUGAGCUCGUGCUCGAUAAAGAGCUUGAUCGUGAAAAACAGCAGAUCAUUGAUCUGAUCCUUACGGCUCUAGAUGGUGGCUCCCCUCAGAGAUCAGGAACCGUAGUUAUACACGUCACUGUGCUGGAUGCUAAUGAUAAUGUACCAGUGUUUAGUCAGAGCGUUUAUAAAGCAAAUCUGCCUGAAAACGCUCCUGUAGAUACUGUGGUAGUCACAGUGAGUGCAACUGAUGCAGACGAGGGAGUGAAUGGAGACGUGACUUAUGAAUUUGGUCACGUUACAGAGGACGUAAAGAAGGUGUUCAUUAUUGACAGCAAAGUAGGUGAGAUCAGAGUAAUUGGCACCGUUGAUUUUGAAACUACAAAAUCAUUUGAUAUACGAGUAAAGGCAAAAGAUGGUUUAGGGUUAUCAUCCUACGCCAAGGUAAUAAUUUCUGUUACUGAUGUGAAUGACAACGCCCCUGUACUCAAUAUAAAAUCAUUAACCAAUCCUGUAUCAGAAAACACGUCACCUGGUACAGAGGUGGGCAUCAUUAACGUGCAGGACAGAGACUCUGAGAACAACAGACAGGUUCGCUGCUCCAUCCAGCAAAAUGUCCCAUUCAAGUUAGUUCCUUCCAUUAAAAACUAUUAUUCUCUGGUGACCACAGGACAACUGGACCGUGAACUAGUGUCUGAUUACAACAUUACCAUCAGUGCCACUGACGAGGGUUCUCCUCCUCUGUCCUCCUCUAAAACCGUUCACUUAUCUGUAGCUGACGUCAACGACAACCCACCUGUGUUUGAGGAACAGUCCUACAGCGCAUAUGUGAGUGAAAACAACAAACCUGGCUCCACCUUAUGUUCCGUUGCUGCUCGAGACCCGGACUGGAGACAGAACGGUACCGUGAUCUACUCUCUGUUACCUGCUGAGGUGAACGGUGCCCCGGUGUCGUCCUAUGUGUCAGUGAACGGAGACACGGGGGUGAUCCACGCUGUGAGGUCGUUUGAUUACGAACAGUUCAGGAGUUUUAAAGUGCACGUGAUGGCCAGAGACAACGGUUCUCCUCCUCUCAGCAGCAACGUGACCGUCAGUGUGUUCGUGUCGGAUGUGAACGACAACUCUCCUCAGAUACUGUACCCCGCCCCGGAGGGCAACUCGUUCAUGACCGAGCUGGUCCCCAAAGCUGCACACGGAGGCUCUCUGGUGUCCAAAGUCAUAGCGGUGGACGCGGACUCCGGACAGAACGCCUGGCUGUCCUAUCACAUAGUCAAAUCCACUGAUCCGGGACUUUUCACCAUCGGUGUCCACAGCGGAGAGAUCAGGACGCAGAGGGACGUUUUAGAGUCUGACAGCAUGAAGCAGAACCUCAUUGUGUCGGUGAAAGAUAACGGACAGCCCUCUCUGUCUGCCACCUGUUCCAUGUAUUUACUGAUCUCUGAUAACUUGGCUGAGGUGCCAGAACUGAAGGACAUUUCUUACGAUGAGAAGAAUUCCAAGCUGACGUCGUAUCUGAUCAUUGCUCUGGUGUCCGUGUCCACGUUUUUCCUGACCUUCAUCAUCAUCAUCCUGGGUGUGAGGUUCUGUCGUAGGAGGAAGCCCAGACUGUUGUUUGACGGAGCAGUAGCCAUCCCCAGCGCUUAUCUCCCUCCUAAUUACGCAGAUGUUGACGGCACGGGAACUUUACGCAGCACUUACAACUAUGACGCCUACCUGACAACAGGCUCUAGAACCAGUGACUUUAAGUUCGUGUCAUCCUAUAAUGACAACACGCUGCCUGCUGACCAGACUCUGAGGAAGAGUCCGUCAGAUUUUGCUGAUGCUUUUGGAGAUUCGGAUGGUUCUCCUGAGGUAGGCACUUGUCAUGUCACCACUGUAAGAUCUGCCGAACCAGUGAUUUACAGCCUUUCGUGUCGUUCUUCCUUUUAAUAAUUUUGUACAUCGCUUAGUACGCCUUAAAAACAAGCAGCGCAGUGAACGUUAACUAC